CAAAAAUUGUGUACCAUAUGCCUGCUCGAGUUCUUCACUUCUUUACAACUCUUUACACAACGACCAAUCACUCAUGGUGACAGCUAGUAUUAUUUUUGCCCUUCACGGCUUCCUUGAAGGAUCUUUGGGUCUGUUGCUCUUCUUGGCCCCGAGUUUGUGCGUGAAUGCGCUGAACAUAAAGGAAGAGUUUGCCAAUCUGCUUGCACAAGGUUAUGGUGCCGCUCUUUUAUCUUCGGCUGUCAUUAGUCUGCUGUGCCACACAUUACCCGACAUGCUUCCGUGUAAACGUGCUGUGGGUAUGGGUAUGAUGGUAUAUCAUAGCUUGGUUGCCUUGGUGGCAUUCCAGUGGCGCUUCAGCGGACCGUUCCCAACCUCUACAUGCUGGUCUAUCGUUGCGCUGCAUUUACUCUGCCUUUUCUUUUUCUAUAUAUGGUUUAAAGUGACGGAAGCUCAAGUCAAGUCGUUUACAAAAGCCAACAAGCCGAAACAUUAGUGAUAAAUUCCAGACAAUAUAAACUUUAGAAAUGCAUAUGAUUAUGCGUUUUAUCUCAUUUCAAUUAUGAACAAACUUCGUAGGAUGAUCCCAGCCAAAAUGGGAAAUUUCUUUAUUUGGUUAUUGAAUGGUUCGGUCCGGACUUGAACACUUUCUCCGCUCAAGGGCGUUUUGGGUGGGUUGGGUUUGAGUGAGGGGUGCCAAAAGUGGAGCUCGGUGGCGGACGAAAGAAGCUCCUCCUUUGU